AUGGUAUCAGAGCACAAGAUCGCGCCAUUGCCUUUCGUUGCCAACUUCACCGCAGGUGCUAUUGCGGGCAUCUCAGAAAUCUUGACAUUCUAUCCUCUCGGACUGCAGGUCAAGACACGCAUGCAACUGGAGACUGGCAAGUCCACGACCGGGCUAGUGGGCGCGUUCAAGACGAUCAUUAAGGAAGAAGGAUUUGGACGUCUGUACAGAGGUCUUGUACCCCCAUUACUUCUGGAGGCACCAAAGCGCGCUACGAAGUUCGCGUCCAAUGACUUUUGGGGCAAGACGUACUUGAAAAUGACGGGCGACGACAAGAUGACCCAGCAGCUCUCCAUCCUCACAGGAUGCAGCGCAGGCGCGACUGAGAGCUUCGUAGUCGUACCUUUCGAGCUUGUUAAAAUCAGGCUGCAAGACAAGCUGAGCACAUAUGCCGGCCCGAUGGACGUCGUCAAGAAGGUCAUCCAGAAGGAGGGCGUCCUCGGGUUGUACUCGGGCAUGGAGGCGACCUUUUGGCGGCACUUCUGGUGGAACGGCGGUUACUUCGGGUGCAUCUUCCAAGUCCGAGGGUUACUUCCCAAGGCCGAGUCGGCGAAGGCGCGCUUGAUGAAUGACCUCAUCGCCGGUACGGUAGGCGGGUUUGUCGUCAAGUCGCGUAUACAGGGCGCCACGAAAGUGCCCGGCGUGGUGCCAAAAUACAACUGGACCUACCCUGCCUUGAUCACAAUUUUCCGAGAAGAGGGGCCUGCUGCGUUGUACAAGGGCUUCGUCCCCAAGGUUCUGCGGCUGGCACCGGGCGGCGGUGUCCUGCUCCUCGUCGUGGAGGUUACACUGAACAUGUUCCGCCAAGUACUUGGGCCGCCAUACCUCUAA